GGAACCUGUAUUGUUCAGCUAGUACUUGACGCCGCAGCUUGUAAGUUUAUUCUUUAAAAAUGGAGAUGUCUUCAGUGAAUUGUCUGAAAAGUUUCGUGAACGAGAGAUUGACAGUCGCAGCUGAAGAAAUAUUUGGAGUGUUUGAAAAAACUUUACUUGUGUACCAAGAGGAGAUCGUUCGUCAGCGCAGACUGUUAGAUAUCGUCCUGAAACCAGACAUAAAACUACAAAAGACAGAUAUCCCAAGGCCAAUCGAAGACGAGGGUGUUCUUGAUCAGGAGACCAGUGCCUGCCUGGACCAUGGAGAUCCAAAGUUUCAGAUUAAACAGGAACAAGAGGAAGUCUGUUCCAGUUAUGAAGAAGAGCAGUUUGCACUGCACCAGGAUACAGAGGCCUUUAAGUUGAGUCCUGGCUGUGAGGGAAGUAACAACAGUGAAGACCGGACUCUACUGUUGGAUCCUGAUCUAACUCAAAGUCCCACAGAGCAAGAACCUCAAUCCAACUAUUCAGAUGAAUGGAUACAAUCUGAAUCUGACAGAGUGAACUUUUCAGUCACAGACCUAAAUGUUGAUCAGCAUUUAGGCACAAGAGAAAAGCAGCACAUGUGCUGCAUUUGUGGGAAAAGUUUUAAAAAUAAUUCAGAAUUGAAACUGCACAUGAGAAAUCACACGGGUGAAAAGCUUUUCCGUUGCAUGUACUGCAACAAAGAGUUUGGAUUCAACUCAUCACUGUCCAGGCAUCUUCGUGUGCACACGGGGGAGAAGCCUUAUGAGUGUAGUUUGUGUGGAAAAAGAUUUAACGUCAGCACAACUUUGAAAGUCCACUACAGAAUCCACACUGGUGAAAAACCGUAUAAAUGUAAGAUAUGUGAAAAGGCUUUUACCACCUGCUCAAACUUAAAGAAGCACAUGUCUUUACAUCAGUAAAGUGGGGAAUAGAAAACUGUACUGAAAAGCUUCCUGAAAUUACAAUGCUGCAGGCUGUGACCCUCUGUAUUCAAACUUUUAAAUGAAUGCAACUGAAUACUGUGGCUGGUAUUGUCUUCUAGUUUUGGCAAGCAUCGAAAAUGUUUGAAAAUGCACAUUCUUUCCUUGACCUACUAAUACUUAGAGCUAUCUCACAAAGGGAUAUUGUAGAAUUUACUUUUAUUUAAGGUCAUGAUGUGUCAUUACUUACCAGUGAUGUGCUGUUUGUGAAUAACUUCUUUUGAGUGAGGCUCCUGUUUGAGACCUGGCUUACCUUUUGCCUUUUUGUUUUUUAGUAAACAGCAGAAAAAAAGGAUGAUCUUUUCUCCACGCUGCUGGGCACUAGGCAUACUAGGACAGGUGCUUGAUAGUAUAACAUUGAAGUUUCUGGAACAUACAGUAAAUCUUAUUAAAUAGUGUUAUUUGGGGAUUUAUAAGGUAUAAUACAUAGUUUUUUGGUUAGGGUAAAAUGUUCCAUAUCUAGAGUGUGAUUUAUUAGGAGUCAUUACUGUUUUUGACUGAAUGAUGUUUAUUUAAUCCAGUUUUUUCAUUUGAUUUAAAUAUAUAACAAAAGCUUGCUUGUGAAAAAAAAGUUCAUUUUUUUUUAUAUUAAAAGAUGUAUUUCAUAUCAGUAUUUUACUCACUUGUAAUCUGUGGUCUGGUGUUAUUUUGUAAUUAUAUAUUUAUAUUUUUAUAGAGAUCGGUGUGGAUAGUUAUUUUUCCAAGAAUAAA